GCUGGGGAAUCAAUCGUUCUCGAGUCUAUCCGCUCCACAACGAUAGAAUCAAGAUGAAAGUCGCAAUCGUCGUUUUGCUGAGCGCAUUGGCUCUUACCAGUGCCCUCGACUGGAAGAACAUCAACACCUUGAACAUCAACAAGGCGGUGCCAAGAAUCCUCAUCCCCAAGAAUCCCAACACCAGGAUUGUCAAUGGCGAGGAGGUCGAGCCCCAUUCCAUUCCAUGGCAGGUGGGUUUGUUGAUCCAGAUGAAGAAUACUGAAGGUACUGCUUUCUGUGGUGGUUCAAUCAUUUCCAACCAAUGGAUUUUGACUGCUGCUCACUGCGUCGAAACUGCUGAAUCCAUCGAGGUGGUUCUAGGUGCCCACAAAAUCAAGGAAGAGGAAGACACUCAGAUUCGUGUGGUUACCACUGAAUUCUUGCACCAUGAAGAUUGGUCCCGUUUCACCCUCACGAACGACAUCGCUUUGGUCAAGCUUCCAGAACCUGUUGAAUUCAAUGACAACAUUCAGUCAAUUGGUCUGCCCAGCGACAUUGGCAACAUCGAUGACCUUACCGUCUCCGUCACCGGCUGGGGUAAAGACUCCGAUGAAGCCACCAGCGUCUCCGAGGUUCUGCGUAUCAUCAGCGUACCAGUGAUGCCCAACGACAAGUGCAACAACUUCUACUUUGGCAUCAUUCAAGACACACACAUGUGCACUGACUCCUGGGCUGGUAGCAUUGGUACUGGUCACAGCACCUGCAGUGGUGACUCCGGUGGCCCAUUGGUUCUGGAAGGCACGACUCAGGUCGGCAUUGUGUCCUUCGGCAUUGCUUUCGGAUGCGAGUUGGGAUACCCUGCUGCUUUCACCAGGGUCAGUUCUUAUGUGGACUGGAUUAAUGCUCAUAUCGCAUAAACAUGUGUUGUUGAACAAUAAAUAUAUCUCUUGAUAUGUGCUUGUGA